AUGGCUUGUUGUGGUGGCGGUCAUCCGGAAGAUCGUUUUCAAACUUCAGUCGAUAAGAAUUUCUUCUGUCCAAUCUGUACGGAUGUAUUGAAAGACCCAGUACAAUGCCACAACCAACACCUUUUCUGUAGAGCCUGUAUAACAGAGCAUCUGAAGAAUUCCCAGACGUGCCCCGUUUGUAUGCAAGAACUCACGGAAGAAGCGUUAUCCAAGCCACGACCAGUUGCGACAACUGACAAGGAACGAGGAUGUGUUGAAUUGGUCGAGCUUGGCCUUCUUGAAACUCACAUUUCCGUGUGCGAGUAUAAACCUGUAACGUGUCCUAACGAAAGAUGCGAGGCUGUUGUAAACAAGGCAGAUUUAGAGGAACACACGAGCGAGGAUUACGAAUGCAGACAAGUAUUUUGUGAAGAAUGUGACGAGAACAUGUCGCUGAAGAAAUAUGGAAAACAUGGCUGUUUUAUAAGCAAAGAUGUUCAGGCAAUCAAGGUUGUAUUGUUUCAAAUGCAAGAUCAAAUCAAAGAAGUGCAAGAUCAAGUCAAAGAAAUGUCUAACAAGCAGAACGAAAUGUUCGAAGCAAUCCAAAAUCUUACAACCGCUGUUAGUAAAUUGAGCAACACAAAACCACAAGGGAACAUUGUUGUCAUUGGUGGACAAAAUGAUGCCAUGCUCAAUUCUGUUGAAAAGUACUCUCUGGCCAAUCAAACAUGGAGUAAAUUAGCACCAAUGCAACAACAGAGAGCAUCUGCAACUGCACAUUUGUACAAUGGCCGAGUCAUGGUUACUGGGGGAUAUUGUGAUUUGAAUGAAAAAACUGGGAGUAUAGAAUAUGUGCAAAUCCAUAAAGAAACGAGUAAUGACAUAUCAGAGUGUGAGAAUUUACCCCUUGAACAUAGCAAUGGAAGAAGACUAGAGCCAAUAAAUAGAGCUCACCUGGAUGAAUUUUCUGUACUUCCAUCCCAAUUGCCCUUUGCAUGCUCUGGUCACAAAACAACCAUCCUAAAUGAUCAUCUAUGGAUUGUUGGAGGCAAUGGCAUGAAUCAACGGCGAUACUCAAAUGCUAUUCACAUGAUGUCUGUUCAUUCAAUUCAUACUGUCAUAAUCAAGUGUCGAAUGCCAAAACCACUUUCGUACCAUGGUUUAGAAGUAGUUGGCAAUGAACUCUUAAUCAUUGGAGGAACAACAACUGGUAUGGCAGAUGGUAUUGUUGGCACUGUUUUGUCAUACCAUACCGCCACCAAUGCACUCAGAGAAGUACACCCACUUCCAUUUCCGAUGGCUGAUAUGGCAACUGUUAAACAUGGUGAAGAUGUUAUCAUUAUUGGUGGAAUCAACAAAGAUCAUGAAUAUUUGAACACGAUUUUCAAGUACAACCACAAGAAGCGUGUAUGCAAGCAAUUACGAGGAAUGAAACACAAAAGAGCAGAAUGUGCUGCUGUUCUUUCUGGAAAUAAAGUGUUUGUGAUGGGCGGAAACAAUUCGGAGCAAGGAUGCUUAAGUUCUGUUGAGUGUUUUGAUCUUGACCUUCAUGUUUGGUAUGAACUUCCAUCCAUGAGUGAAGCGAAGUAUAAACUGACUGCAGUUUUAGUGCCUUGAGACCAUUGCCUUUGUCACCCUUAUAAAGCUGACUAUAACAAUGUCAUAUUUUGUACCAUAUAUAAAUUAUCUAAUAAACACCCUGG